UCAUUGGUACGUAAACCAUCUUCUAGCAGAUCUAAGAGGCUGUAGCCUGCAGACAGAUUGAUUCAUGACCAUGAAGACCUUACUUCUACUCUUUGUUGCAUUCCUCCUGAUCUUAGCAACUCUGCAGACCAAUGCAGAAACUCAUGCACUGACAGUGCAGGCCAAUUACCGUCUGCUCUCAAGGACUGAAUCCACCCCUGGUCGAAAGCUUAACGCUGGUGCUAGUCAUGACAGUGUCAACAACGACGUCGUUUCUGCAAGCGCGGAGACUACGACAGCGGUCGCCAACAGUGAUACGGCCGAUACAGAUGAUCACGAGGCGAACCCAAGCUAUCGCGGAAACAUCAAUGGAACUAAUUCUCCUUCAUCCAGUACUGAUACUCACCGUUAUUAUUCAGAUGAUCGCAAACCCCCGGCCAGAAGCUAAUUAUCGAACCAGGA